AUAUAUAGGUCAAUAAUAAAGCAGAGAGAAGGGCGGCUAUAUUCAUUUGCCCUCGAUCAAUCUACGACAGCAACGGUCCUUAUUAUCCCAACAACUUAUCACCCCCCUUCCUCUUCCUCUUCCUCUCCAAAAACAAAUCCCCCCCCCCCCCUAAAGAAAAAAAAAAACACGCAAAAAUAGAGAAAAAAGAAAAGAAAAAUGAUAUUCGAUCUUCUGCUACAAGCAGGUCUAAUCCUGCUGGGAGUUUUCAUGUUUCUAGCUAUGCAUAACAUCCCUCAAAAAUUCCUCUCCAAACUCCGUUACCGUAACCGCGCCGAUCUCCAAGCCAAACGCCACUUCGUUCUUGGCGCCCAGCUUAUCGCUCAAGCCAGAUCGCCCUCCAACUCUCGGUCCACAGCUACCUCGUUAGCCAAACAAGCUGAAGACGAAGCCAACAAAGCCAUCUCUCUCGACCCCAAAGACGCCGCUUCUCACAUCUUAAAAGCCUUAUCUCUCGAUCUGCAAGGGUUCAGAACAUCAGCUCUGGAAUCGAUAAACGUGGCUCUGUCGCCGCUGGCGGUUAAGUCGCUAAGCGCGAGCGAGAAAGGGGAUGCGUUGUUUAAGAGGGCUGAAUUGGCGAUGGGGAUGAAUCGGCGCGGACGAGUUGAACCGGCGAUUCAGGAUUUGACCGAGGCAGUUAAGUUGAAUAAGGAUAAUGCGAAAGCGUUUUGUUUGUUAGGUGAGUGUUACGAGGCAAGUAAAAUGAUAGAGGAAGCUAAAGAGGCUUAUGAGGAGGCUUUGAGGUUGCAGCCUGAGUUGGCUUCGGCGAAAGAGAAAUUGGGCCUCCUGCGUUCUUAACGGCUUUUGGUCUUUCUUGAUUCUGGUUUCUUGCAGAAACCUUUAGUAUUGUAUUUUCUUUUUCUUUUUUCUCUUCAAAUGAAAAGGGGAGUUGAUUUAGUAAACAUGAAAACGAGGAGAUAUGCCCCCCUCCCUCCCUCUUUUUGUGAAUUCUGUGUGUCUACAAUUCUGAUCCAAGACUUGAACAACAGAUUAUUGUAAUCUUGGGCAGAUGCUGACCAUUUGAAUAUUUUUAGAAUAAUUGGUAAAGGUUUCAGAUGCUCAAUCCAAUUGAGCAAGAGUAGCUUUUCCUUUAGCCCUUGUAUCCUGUGGUUACCUCAAACCUCAAGUAAUAUUUUCUUUCUUUCUUUCUUUC